CCUCCCGCUUCCGAUUCCUUCCUUCCCCUCGCUCCCCACCCCACCUCACCUCGCCGCCCGAGGGUGGAAGCUCCGCGAGCCCGAACCCUAGACAUGGCGAACGCGUCGGCGGCGGCCGGGCCCUCCUCCUCGUCCUCCCCGCAGGCCAGCGGCGGGGACGCGCCGCGGCAGCGCCGGCCCCCGCGCGCCGGCUCCGACCCGCUCCUCAUCGUCUGCGGCUGCUUCAGCGUCGUCACGGCCGCAACCGCGCUCCUCUGCGUCGCCGUCAACGUCCUCUCCGCCGUCCAGGCAUUCCGCGCCGGCUCCAACAUAUUCGGGGGCAUAUUCCGGUGCUACGCGGUGGUGUUCUCGCUCUUCGUCGGCGUUCUCGAGACCGAGUGGGGAUUCAUCAUCAAGUUCUGGAAGAUAUUUGAAUACUGGCCUGCACGGGGAAUGCUACAGAUCUUUGUUGCUGUCAUGACAAAGGCAUACCCAAGUAUUGAAAGGAAUGAUCUGAUUUUGCUCCAGGAGAUUGCCAGCUAUAUGCUUCUUGCAUGUGGAGCUGUCUAUGUUAUCUCGGGGAUAUUGUGCAUCGGUGUGCUAAAACGUUCUAGGCAGCAGAAAGCGACAUCAAGGGAGCAAGCAGUCAAGGAUCUGCAGGAGCUGGAGAGACGAAGAGAAGAACUUGAGGCGCUGUUAAUUGCUGAGCGGUCCGAGCUGGUCUGAAGGCUGACCACAAUGAUCUAACGUCUCUCUUCCGUUGUAGAUAACUGUCUUUUCUGAUGAUAGUAUACUGCUUGGUGACGGCCAUCAAUGGUUCAUCCAGAAGUCAUUUUUAUUGAAGUGUGUCUUCAUUAGUUCCUCUGUACGGUUUUCCUCUUGUUUUCAGCUGAAUUGUGGGUUUCUGGUUUCAAAGCAUUGCGUUGAUUCAUUGCCUGGGUGUAGUAUGAUGUUUCAGUAAAGACUGCGGCAUGUGUGUGAUGUACCAUGCUGACGUCUUGUAUGGCAUGUGUGUGAUGUACCAUGCUGACCUCGUGUAAGCUUGUCGUGUAUGUUCCUGAAUAGUUCCCCUGAAUUUUGUGUAGGGUUUUUGUUCACGAACCAUGAGUUCAAGCAGCGUCCUCUUUUCACAGAUGAAUUGUAGUACCUCAUCCUUUCCUAGUGAAGUCAUGAUUAUGAUUACGAUUUCUUGCA